GUAGUUCCUUCCCCCUCGUCUCCCGAAGCGCGAAGCCGUUCUAUCGGAACUCGAAAGCAGCGAGAGCUCUUGGCGCGGCCCAUCGAUUUCGCCAAGAAAUCCCCAAUCUCUCCGUGAGUUCUUCUCCUCCUCCCCUCGAUCGCGUGCUCCGAUGUGUUUCUUGCGAUUCUCGGUGGUUUUCCGCUCGUCGUAGCUGAGCAGAAACGUUCGUUGUGGGUUCUUUUGAUUCGGGGAGUCGACGUGUCCAUUGCAGGCAACCUGUUCGACGGAAUGCAUCAGGGAGCGGCGCGGCAGGCGGGGCAGUCCGGCGGUGGCGGUGGCGGUGGCGGUGGCGCGGACCGCCUGAGCGCGCUCCCGGACGCGGCGCUCUUCCGGAUCGUGUCGCACCUGACGGCGCGGCAGGCGGUGCGCACGAGCGUGCUCUCCAAGCGGUGGCGCCACGUGUGGGCUUCCGUGCCGCGCGUCGACAUCCGCCACCCCUGCGCCUGCGACGAGCGCGCCGACCAGGAGAGGUUCGGCGACUUCGUCACCACCAUGCUCCUCAACCGCCGCCCAUUUGCGCCCAUCAAGGCGCUCCGGCUGUGGUGGAGCCACGAUGGCGACGCCGAGACGUGGAUCGCUCAUGCUGUCAGGCGUGGGGCCGAAGAAAUCGAUUUCUCCGCGAGGCAUCACCAAGAUGAUCCGAAGCCGGAGCUAGAGUACACAAGCUUCAUUUCUCCCAAGAUCAAGAUCUUGAAGCUGACGACUUUCGGGAUGGACAUCAAGGCCAUCACGCAUAUCUGUUCUAGGUGCACUUCUCUGGAAGAGUUAGAGCUCAAGGAUUUUCGACGACUUGAUGGACAGAUUCGAUCGGCCUCGCUGAAGCAGUUGUCUAUCAUCAACUGCUUUAUCUCUGUUGCCUUUUUGGUUGAUGCUCCGAACCUUAUCUCGCUCUGCUUCAUCAGACCUCUCAGCUUUGAGAGAACCAAGGAAUCCAUUUGCUCGUCUGAUAAUCGUAGGUGGCCAUCCCCAGUAUGGAAGGAUGACAACGAUGGAUUUGAUCAUGGUGAUAUCUUUGCAAUUGCUAGUGGCGAACACUUUGAUGAUAAGAGAGAGAAUGAAUCUGAUCAAGACUAUGGUUUUGAUGAUGGCUCUGAUGAUAACAUAGCCAGUGAAUCUGAUCAUGAUGAUGAUGGUCCCCCUUCCCCAUAUUCUGUUUCCUACGAUGGUGACAAUGAAUGCGAGUCUUAUGAACCCGGCAAUAAGGAGGAGUCUGAUCGUACAGUGGCCUAUGGUGAGAUUGCAGAUGAGUACUCCAGUAAUGGUGAUCCCGGUGAUGAAUAUCGGGGAAAUUAUGUGAACCAUGAUUCUGCGAAUUACGGUAGAGCUAAUAAGUUUGGAAAUUUGAACUUCCCAGUGAAGUCAAUUGUGGAUGCGUCAGCUCAUGAAGGAGAGCUGCUUCUGAGGAGGCUAUUGGAAAAUUUCCCCAUGUUUAAUAACCUGGAUACUCUGUCCCUUGGUGAAUGGUGUAUGGUUCCUGACUUCAGUGCUUUGUCAACCAUACUUACGAAAUCACCAAAUGUAAAAAGGCUUUAUCUUCACCUUGACGUGAUUCACAGAAGAAGAAGGUGCAUCGAUCCCAGUGGAGGAUCAUUUUCUUGCAACAACCUGGAGAAGGUUAAGAUCACAUGUUGUAAAGAUGAUGUAAUGGUCCAUAUGCUGGCUCCAUUCCUCCAAGAUAACGGUGUAUCGCCUGAGAAGAUUUUUGUUCGUCGCACUUCCAGCCCACAUAAUGGCAAGGAAGGCAGAGGUAGUAACUCCAGUGCGAAACGGAAGGCGCAAGGCGAAGUUGCGAGGCUAGCAGUGAAACAGAGGAGGGCGCGAAACAGUAGAAGCCCGGAGUGAGGGGAACAUGUUUAAAAUGCUGAGGAAUCCAGUGCUGAGUUUACAUUGCAGUUAGCAGUAGAAUUCUUCACUGGAUGUGUAUAUGCAUCAAUUCUAGUACAGGUAACUUUGGUUACAUGCAGAAUUAGGCAUCCGUUGGUGUUGCAUGAAAAUAGAUGAUUGGUCAAUGUUCAGUGACUUGGAAUCCUGUGAAUUGCUAUGUCAUGUUUGAUGUAUUGAGUAAUUGGCAGUGGCUACAUUUGUCUUUGUGA